AUUUCUCCAGUUUGUUCUUGAACAUUUCGGACAUUUUUCGAAGAUGACGUGCAUCCCGUGCAACACACAAAGUGAGAAGAUCUUCCGGCCGUGGGAUUCCGAUUGCGGGGCCCGCAACAAAACGCCGCCCGUCCUCUUGAAGGAGGAACAACACGACCGGCUCUUGGUUGUCAGCUCUCCGGAGUCAUCGCCUUUACCUUCCGGUGCAUCGUCUUCAUCCGGAUCUUCGUCAUGCGAUGAAUCGGAAGCCACGUCCAGCUUCCAUCGGAUGGAUUUCUCAUCGCCAUCGGCUCACUCGGCUCUCCAGCAGGCCUAUUCGGCCCACAUGAUGUCAUUGGGCCAACAUCAUUUGCCAUCGUCGCCUUACCUUUCGGCCCUCCCCGGAUGGAUUCCGACCGAUUCGUUCCAUCAUUUGCACGGACAACAGCCACAUCAUCAUUUACUCGGGCACGGCUUGCAGCCGGAAGCUGCUCCGUCCAUGGAGCGAUUCCUGGCAUCGUUGGAAGCCUCUCCCGAAGCAUUACAUCCGAGCCGUUUGGCCGCCUUGGGUAUGGGCCCCAAUGAGAUCGGAGAGCUGUACCAAUUGGCCGGAUUCAAGCCUUUGAUUCAACACCACUAUCCGUCGGCUGUCGGUGCCAACAUGGUGUCCUCUUCUCAUCACAAUCCGUCGGGCAAGAAGCAGCGGCCCAAGCGGUUCCGAUGCCCGCACUGCCAAGUCGCCUUCAGCAACAACGGACAACUCAAAGGACACGUUCGCAGUCACACAGGUGAAAGACCAUUCAAAUGCGACGAAGAAUCCUGCGGAAAGACGUUCACUCGCAACGAAGAAUUGACCCGACACAAGAGGAUCCACACCGGAUUGAGGCCUUUCUCUUGCGCCGUCUGCUCCAAACGUUUCGGCCGUCGGGAUCACCUGAAAAAGCACAGCCGCAUCCACCAACGGCCGGCCCAUUCGGCCGCGCAGCACGGCCUCAACACGAGCAGUUGCAGUCAGGAUCAUUCGCCACAUCAUCCGUACCAUUACGGAGGACUUCAACAGCCUUCAUCGGCCGGAUCUCUUCCAUCAUCGGGCAGUAGCCAUUCGACCUUUUGCUUCCAGUGAUCGUUUUAUUAUUUGUGUCUUCACUCCUUCCUCGUUGACUCAUUUGACGAUGUUAAUAUUAUACCUCAACAAACAUAUUUGUUUAU